CUCAGACAUUGUGAUUCUUGUGCUUCAUGAAGAAAACGGAAGAUAGACUGUGAGUGUGAGGCUCUCCUGUGCCCUGUAACUUAGUGCUAGGACUAGUGUGUUCUGUAUAUAUGAUUGACAUGGUACAACAGAAGCGGGCACCACUUUUGCCUCGGCAGAAAUCAUUUAUCCCUCCACAAAUACCUAACCCAUUUGUGCAUGAAAUCAAUUUGUCUCCCACUGAUAAGAUACGGAUGUGGAUAUGCGCCAUAAUCCUUCUACCAAUCCGAGUUCUUCUCUUUGUUCUGGUGUUAGUAUUGGCCUGGCCAUUUGCAGCACUCGCUACAUGUUGCUGUCCAGAAAAGUCCCUGCAGCCACUUGGAGAAAGGAGAAGGAAAGUCACCCGAUGUCUUAUGAGUUUCUUUGGCCGUUUGCUCUUCCUUGCCAUGGGAUUUCAUGUUCGGGUAAAGGGAAGCCCUGCAAAUCCCUCGGAGGCUCCCAUUUUCGUGGUUGCGCCACAUUCCACUUUCUUUGAUGGCAUUGCAGUCAUUGUGUCUGGGAUGCCCUCUACGGUCACAAGGGCAGAAAAUGUUGAAGUUCCAAUAUUUGGAAGAAUUCUUCGUGCUCUACAACCUGUAUUGGUAUCUCGUGUGGAUCCAGAGUCUCGAAAAACCACAAUAAAUGAAAUAACACAACGAGCAACAUCAGGAGGGAAAUGGCCUCAGGUUCUACUUUUUCCAGAAGGAACCUGUACAAAUCGUUCCUGUUUAAUAUCUUUUAAACAAGGUGCUUUUCUUCCAGCUGUGCCAGUUCAACCGAUUCUUUUACGAUAUCCCAACAGUUUGGAUACUGUCACGUGGACAUGGCAAGGAUACCCCGCCUUAAAACUUUUGCUGAUGACUCUAUGCCAGAUCUGCACCAAUGUGGAAGUGGAGUUUCUGCCAGUUUACAUCCCAUCUGAGGAGGAGAAGAAAGAUGCCUUACUUUAUGCAAACAAGGUUCGACUAGUCAUGGCACGAGCUCUGGGGCUGCCGGUCACAGAUCACACUUAUGAGGACUGCAGGCUCAUGCUGACAGCUGGGGAGCUGACAUUACCCAUGGAGGCUGGACUUGUGGAGUUUACUAAAGUCAGCAAAAAGCUCAAUUUGAAGUGGGACAAUGUCCGAAAGCAGCUGGAGGUUUUUGCGUCUAUCGCUGGAUCAGCUAAAGGUGGCAGAAUCGGAAUUGAAGAAUUUGCCAAGCACUUGCAGCUGCCAAUGUCGGAUAUCCUCCGGGAGCUGUUUGCUUUGUUUGACAGAGACCGAGAUGGGACCAUUGAUUUCAGAGAGUACGUGAUAGGUGUGGCAGUGCUAUGUAAUCCUGCCAAUACCGAGGAGACUAUUCAGUUUGCAUUUAAGCUGUUUGAUGUUGAUGAAGAUGGUAGCAUCACAGAAAAGGAAUUCAGUUCUUUAUUGAGAUCUUCUUUGGGACUACCAGAUUUAGAUGUCUCCAAACUUUUUAAUGAUAUGGAUGCUGAUAAAUCUGGAAAGAUUAACUAUGAUGAAUUUAGGAACUUUUCCCUGAAUCACCCAGAAUAUGCCAAACUGUUCACAACUUACUUAGACCACCAGAGGUUUUAUAUGCAUGUGCUGCAGGAGGAGGAGGAAGAGGAGACAAACUUCCAGCCCUAUAUUACAGGAAAUAAGGUUUGUCCUGUCAUCCUGGAAGAAGAGAACCUCAGCACUUCAUCUGACAAAAAAGACGACUGAGUAAGAACCUUUUCAGGUACAUCACCUACAGCCUUGGAAGGAUGAAGGGGAUCAAAGUCUACUCACUGCCUAUAUGAGAGAAACCAAGUGACCUUUGAGAAAAUGUAAGAUCUUCUACACCCAUUGUCCCAUGGUGACACUGAGAUCCCUCACACGUAGGGCAAACAAAACAACUGAAGAAUACAAAUGACUGCUUAGAAAAAAUGGUGGAACAAGGGACGCACAAUCAUAUAUAUAACAAAGGAGAUACAGUAAUAAAGUGGACACACUGUCAUUUGUUAACAAACAACUAUAUGGUUUUUAUUUGCUGAUAAACGUUGCUUAACUUUGUUUUUGGAAAAUUCGCCAAAUACUGAGUUAUUUAUAAUUUAAUGAGGAUAAUUAGACAUUGUGGAAUAACAUAGUUUGUGGGGAUAAGCGAAUGUUUUGUAACAUUCGAAAAAUGUAUCGUGUUUUAACACAUUUGUUCACUCAUUUAGAAUUUCGAAUGUUUGUACAACAGUCUAACAUUUGUUUAAUGUAAUAGUAUUUCUAAUGCUAUCUUUAAAUGUAAUUUUCAUUUCGAAUUCUCUACUUCAAAUAUUGCAUAAUACAAAUCAAUAUAUUUGUAUAUAUUAUGUUUAAAUUUACUAAACUCCCUACAACAUGAACUAUUGAACUUCUGAAUAGUAUUUGUUAAAUCAAAUGUUAUAUUCGAAAUUUAAAAUGUGGAUAUUCAGUGUAAUUAUGAACAUUCAAAAACUAAAGUAACAUUCAAAAACCGAAAAUAAGAUUUGAUUACUGAAUUUUAAUGGAUUUUUGUUCUUAUCAGCAUUCAAUUGUCCAAAACUAAUGUCUACAGGACUAUUCAUUCUACCAAAUGAAUUGCACUUUCAGCACAUUAGCCCAUCCCUAAUACAUUCACUCGCAUUGCUAAUAAACUCUGAAAACGUUUUGUAAUUCAACUUUUCAAACUUGUCAGUGGAGGUUAUAUAUUAAAAAAAAAAGUAUUACUUCUAGUACUGAAAAUAAAAGCUUUUGCUGGCUAUUACUAAAUUUAUACAGGUGGCCCUCGUUUUACAACGGUUCAAUUUACACCGUUUCAGAAUAACAACCUUUUUUUCCAGUCAUGUGACUGCUAUUGAAAAGCAUUGAGAAGCAGUGCAUUUAUUAAAAUACUCAGUAGGUGGAGCUGUCCUCUUUUGUUGCAGCAAAGCCAAGCAAGCUGAAAUUAAUCAGUUUAACCAGACCUGAGCUAUCGAGCAGAUUUCAAAGGAACAAGAUCUUCCUGUCUUUAAAUCAGUCCAGAUUGGAAUGCAUACAAAGAACUGUUUGCAGAAAAAUGCAAGUGAAGUCUGUGUUGUGUGAUUAUUUUAUUAGGUUUAUAAUGCUGCUUAGCAAAUCUUUUUGUUCAUUUAACUUAGUUUAAUUAUAUAUUAUGUGUGUGUGAUUAUUUUAUUAGGUUUUUAAUGCUGUUUAGCAUUUAAAGUCUUCAUUUCAAAGCUUUAAAAAUAAUGUAUUAGGUGUUACUUAUGACAAUUUUGAGAGGGGGCUGGAACCUAUCUCCCUCACUUCCCAUUGACUUACAUUAUAAACUGGGUUUCAAUUUACAACGGUUUCUAUUUACAACCAUCCCUUCUGCAACCUAACCCUGGCGUAAACUGAGGGCUACCUGUAUAUAGUUAUUGAACCUUCUUUGUAAGAUUCUGAUCAACUGCUUCAGUGAUUCAGGAGGUAGGAGCCAUAUAGUGAUUCAGACACUGUAUUGCUCAAUCAGUUCUAGUCUAAGGAAUGGUGCUUCUGGUGUUUCUUGCUAGCAGUAGCUAUUAGAUAUUCUACUAAAAGUCAUACAUUAAACUAAAUUAAUCUCUUCCAUGAACCUUUAAGCUAUUUGAACUAAAUAAACUACUUACAAAAUAAAAAGUGAUGUUAUUUAACUUCAGGGUUAAUUAAUCCACUUGCAAAUACCCCAAAUUAUUGUCAUAAAUGCCAACGUUUAGAAUAAAAAAUGUAUUUCCAGGGCCAAUUUGCAGCAGAGCAACUAAGUAAGCAGGUUACUGGACUAUGGACCACGCCCACGAAUGCUUCCCAUAGCUCCACCCACUCCGCUAUGCCCCAAAACAUUCCAUUUAAAAUGCACAAAAUAUUUCACAUUGUAUUUUGUGAUCUAAUUUGUAAAGUGCAGGAGAUACUUAGAUGCCAGUCAACCAAAUUAGAUAUUUUAGUAUACUGUUGUAAUUUAAAGUGCAGGAGACUCACAGGCCACAAUAGGCAAACACAUACAUGAGACCAACAAAGAUGUAAAGCCAACACCUCAGGGACUGUCCCAGGAAAAUCAAAACAGCUGACAUUUUUUUUUUUCUUCAAUUUGAACUACACUUUUAGAGUGACAUUUUUUCAUACACUGAUAAGCUAAAUUAUAAUUAUACACUUUCUAAUGAGGUAGGUAUCCUGGGUUCAAUUUUUUUUGUACAUUUUGAGGAGGAUAAAAAGUGCAUUCUUUAGUUUUUCAAGUUUUUAAUAAUUUAUGACAGAAUAUUGUUUAACUUGUGUUUGAUUUGUGUCCUUUUAUUACAUUAAAGGGACAGUCAUUUGUAUUGUUGAAAAAGAUAGAUAAUCCCUUUAUUACCCAUUCCCCAGUGUUGCAUACCCAACAUAGUUAUAUAAAUAAACUUUUUACCUCUGUGAAUAUCUUGUAUCUAAGCCUCUGCAAACUGCCCCCUUAUUUCAGUUCUUUUGACAGACAUCCAUUUUAGCCAAUCAGAGCUGGCUCACCUGAACUCCAUGUGCGUGAGCACAGUGUUAUCUAUAUGACACACAUGAAAUAACACCCUCUAAUGGUGAAAAACUGUCAAAAUGCCCUGAGAGAAGAGGCAGCCUUCAAGGGCUUGGAAAUUAGCAUAUGAAAUUAGCAUAUGAACCUCCUUGGUUUAUCUUUCAACUAAGAAUACCAAGAGUACAAAGCAAAAUUAGUGAUAAAAUUAAAUUGGAAAAUUGUUUUAAAUUAAAUUCUCUAUCUGAAUCAUGAAAGUUUAUUUUGGACUAGACUGUCCCUUUAAAUUGUUUGACACCUCAAAUAAAAAGAAGAUAUUUUUAA